AUGUUUUGAUCGCUCUGGCGCAUAGUUAAACAAAAUUGAUACUCUCCUUAAAAAAAGAAGAGAUUUAAUUGAAGCCAAACUCCGAAGCUUUACUUGCGAGCUCGUAAUACAUACCUACCUGCGCUCGUAUAUACAUAUGUAGAUACCUAUGUGCCAAGUAAGAUAAUUGUGGAGUUUGUGCAAUGUGGCUCUACGUAUUCAUCGUCGCUUUGGCUUUUCUUGCCGCCUGGUUAUACAAGCUAAAUCGGGAUUAUUGUGUAAUGGCAUUUUUUGCCAAGCGCUUGAAGACCGUUGACGGCACACCGUUGGAGCAUAUUGUACCGCAGGCGAAGGCAGAGACAAUAUUCGCAAAUGUUUUCGAUUGUUUUGGCGCUGAUAAUGUUGUGCUCUUCGAUAGCAGUCGCAUCGCAGCGGCCACUCUGCGCAAAAGCUAUGUGGAAUACAAUUUAUUUACGACUUUCUACAAUGUGAUUACCGCCGAAGAUGCGGAAUUAUUGCUGAAUGAUAAGAAUCUGAUAACGAAAGGUAUUGCAUACUACUUCCUCGAACCCUUCUUGCACACGGGUCUAUUGACAUCAACAGAUAAAAAAUGGCAUACGCGCAGAAAAAUGUUAACACCUGCCUUUCAUUUCAAUAUACUUGGACAGUUUGUGGAGGUUUUCAAAGAGGAAAGCCAAAAAUUCGUGGACCAACUGGAGGCCAUAGAUAGCGAUUCAGUCACCGUAAAUGAAAUUAUACCCAAAUUUACAUUGAAUAGCGUUUGUGAGGCCGCUUUGGGCGUCAAACUGGAAGAACAACUCGAUGACCAAGAAUAUCGCGCGAGUUUUAAAAUGAUUGAGGAAGCCUUUAUUUUGCGUAUCAGUAAUCCCUUCUAUAUGAUCGACACUAUAUAUGAUAUUUUUAUGGCACCUAAAAUGGAGAAACAUCUGAAAACCGUGCAUGGUUUCUCCAGCAAUAUCAUACACAAACGUCGACAGUUAUUCGCCGCAAAGUUGGAGCAAAGUCCGGUUAAAGAGGCGAAUGAUGAAGAUAGCUUCGGCUUUACGAAAAAGAAGCGCUAUGCCAUGUUGGACACACUUUUGCAUGCCGAACGUGAUGGACUCAUUGAUCAUGCGGGUAUUUGUGAGGAAGUGGACACGUUUAUGUUCGAAGGCUUCGACACCACUUCGAUGGCGCUGAUAUUUGCACUGAUGAACCUCUCGCUGUAUCCAGAAAUGCAGGAGUUGUGCUACCAAGAGUUAGUCGAGCACAUAGAAGAUGAUUUACAUAAGCUCGAUGUUAAUGAUCUUGGCAAACUGAAGUACCUGGAGUGUUUCAUUAAGGAGACUUUACGCCUCUAUCCUUCAGUGCCGGGCAUAAUGCGCAAGGUAAUGCGCGAUACCAGUCUUGCCAAUAAUGUCUUUUUGCCCGCGAACACGCAAAUCUCCAUACACAUUUUUGAUAUACAACGCGAUCCCAAGUAUUUUCCGGAACCAAAUAAGUUCGAUCCGACUCGUUUUACACCGGAAAACUCAGAGGGCAGGCAUCCUUACGCCUAUAUACCCUUUAGCGCCGGGCAACGAAAUUGUGUUGGUCAAAAGUUUGCAAUGUUGGAGAUAAAGACUUUGCUGGUCUAUAUGUUAAAGAAGUUUAAAAUUUUGCCUUUAAUGGAUCCAAAAGAUUUGCGAUUUGAAACUGGCAUUAUUUUAAGGACACCAAACGCGAUCAAAGUGAAACUUGAGAAGAGGUCACGUACCUGAUAACAUCUUAGAAUAUAUGAAUGCGCCAGUAAUUAAAUGAAUUAAUAAAAUGCAGUAUUUGAAAAUA